AUGGAUGCUCAUCAUCUACCUAAUUUAGUAUCUCUUAGGUUGAGCUGUUGUAAAUAUUGCUUUUGUUUACCACCACUUGGGCAGCUGCCCUGUCUAAAGAGUCUUUCGAUUUAUGGAUUAGAAGGAAUACAGGAGAUUGGGUCAGACUUUUAUGGGGAGAAUUUGUCAAUUGCUCCGUUUCCAUCCCUUGAAUCUUUGACAAUUGAAGAUAUGGGGGAAUUGGAAGAAUGGAAGCAUUUUGAAGGUGAAUGUUUUCCUCGCCUUAAAUACAUGCGUAUACAGCGCUGUCCGAAAUUAAGGAAAUCCCUUCCUCUAUGCCUUCCAUGUUUGGAAUGGCUAGAUAUUGGAGGAUGUGAUGGCUUGGAACUUGAAUCAUUCCCUAUGAAAGAUUCCUCUUAUCCGAAACUUGAACGGAUCACCCUUGCUGGCAUGACCCAACUGAAGUCACUUCAUGAAGACAUGCAUGCACAGGUCCCCUGUCUUCGUUCUUUAGAGCUGGUUGGAUGUCCACAGCUGCAAUUGGUUCCUCAAAGAGGUUUUCCUUCAAGCCUUUUCAAUAUUAGAAUAACAAGUUGUCCGAAACUCAUAGCUUGUCGUAUGAGCUGGGGCUUGCAAGGGCUUCAUUCUCUAAAACAGUUACAAGUGGGUGAUCAUGAUUUUGAAAAUGCCGAGUCUUUCUUAGAAGAGUUACAUUUGCCACCCAAGCUUGCUUUUCUUUAUCUUGAACGAUGUUCAAAUUUGACAAAAAUAAACAACAAUGGCCUUCUCUCCCUCACAUCUCUUCAACACUUAUGGAUUGAGGGUUGCCCAAAUCUCGAGUGCUUGCCAGAGGAAGGUUUACCCAACUCCCUUUCUUCAAUAUGGAUUAGUGGAAAUAGUCCAUUACUAAAGCAGCGGUACCAAAAAGUGGAUGGACCAGGCUGGCAUAAAAUUUCUCACAUUCCACGCGUGCGUAUAGAGUAG